UAUUUGACACUGGUUACGGCCGCCUGAAGUGCGCUGCCUUGAAUUAAAUGCUCGGACUUAAAUAUUUCUCAUCUAUUUGUUUGUAUAUAUCAUAUUGAGUUUGUGUGCGUACGCGUGUGUUGUGUGCCUUUCCAUCUAGAUGGACGUGAUGGAGAUUUCGUCCAUUUGAUCUUGCUGAAUAUGGCUUUUGUGACAAACGUACCUUGACACAAAGUGCUCGGUCUCGCUCGGAUUUGAUGGCAGCACACUCUUUUUGACUAGGACGCGCGGCCAAACGACCAACUUCUUUAAUCAUACAUCCCACAGAAACUGGAAGGAAAUCAGUUUGCCCCUCCUCGAAGGUGUUCUUGCGCACCAUGACACAAGGAAGAAGCCUCAGAACUGAGGCAGACACGCCGUUGUUGAGAAAGGACAUUGGUCCUGGAGACGAAACGAGAACGGGCUACGGCUCCAAUGGCCAUAGGGAAGAAACCAAGCAUCAAUUCCCACAAGCAAGUUGGACAUGGGCAAAGCCUUACAAAACCUCGCAGAGGCUGCCUCAAACCAUCGCCCAUCGCGGCUACAAGGCGAAGUACCCCGAGAAUACCAUGAGAUCUUUCCGGGGCGCCGUCGAGGUCGGGACACACGCGAUUGAAACGGACAUUCACCUGACAAAGGACGGAGUUGUGGUUCUGUCACAUGAUCCUGACCUGAAGCGAUGCUUUGGACAAAAGGAGAAGAUUAUAGAUUGCGACUGGGAUUAUCUCUCCAAUCUUCGUACCAUACAAGAGCCACAUGAGCCGAUGCCGCGACUUGUCGAUUUGCUCGAGUACGUCGCCCAACCUGGUCUGGAGCACGUCUGGCUCCUCUUCGACAUCAAGAUCGACAACGAUGGGGACGAUGUAAUGCGAUUGAUCGCGCAUACGCUGGCGUCCGUCAAUCCCGGCGGACGACCGUGGGAGGAGCGAGUGCUGAUGGGUAUUUGGGUUCCGAAAUAUCUCUCACUCUGUACCAAAUAUGUGCCCGACUUCCCGGUCGCACACAUCGGCUUUUCAACGGCGAUGGCUCGGGAGUAUCUCAAAGUGCCCAACGUGGGCUUCAACAUGCUCCUCUACUCACUUUUGGGUCCGGUCGGCUCUCGCUUCAUGCGCGACGUGCGCAAACAGAAGAGGCAACUGUUUGUCUGGACCGUCAACGAAUCCAACCUGAUGACUUGGUGUAUCCAGCGCAACGUCGACGGCGUCGUCACGGAUAAUCCGGAAUUGUUCAAGCAGAUAUGCGACGACUGGGAUGAGGAGACAAAAAAGAAGGCAAGGCCGACGAUCAUGCAAUGGCUAAGAACAAUCUGGGUCUGGAUAUUGAUCACCCUCUUUUCGGGUGCUUUCAGACGAAAAUUCCCGGAAACGGUAGAGACUUAUAUCCAAGAGCACGAUUUGAGGGCCAAGGCGACAUUGACAAUUGACCAGUUAUAGGUCUAUAUGUCUUUAUGUCUAUGACGAUAAAAAGGCCUGAAUCUCAGCUAGCUCGAGCAAACAAUGAUGAUGAACAUGAGAGGACGUUGUGAAGACCUUUUACCUUCAAAGCAGAAUAUCCGGAUAGAAAAAACGAAAAAGAUCAGUGAGAAAAAAGAAAGCCAGGAUCAACACCGGGGUUUUUGAUAGCGUGGGAGGAGGAAGAAAUGGUUUUCUUGUGCCCGCCAUGCACAAAAGGCACCUUCUUGGGUAACGUAGGCGGCUUGCCCGUUGCCUCUUCUAUCAGUUAUGGGUAGAUACGCGGGGAGGACCACUCUAGAGUAGUCGAUAUUGUCCUGAUAGAUUCCCCAAAGAGUUAACUACAAGAAAUGAAAACAAAUUCCGACCAU